AAAAAGUUGACACAGGAAACAUGUCUGGGCGGACCGCCGACGCGGAUACGAGCGAAGGGUUCGAAUUCGAAAUUCGAAAGCGGUCAUGUCAUCGCCUCUCGGAUUUCUUAUAAGUCACCGUCCAAUGUCAAAAUCGUGCACGUACCGCGAGCGCCGGGCGUCGGGACAGGGACAGGCAAAAAGAGAGCGCGGGUGCGCACAAUGCAGUCGUUGGUAGUGUGGUGGGCCGUGGUGUCGGCGGCGUGGGCGCUGGCGGGCGCGUGCUCCUCGUCCAUCUCGAAGAGGCCGGCGCGGCCGGCGCGCCCGCAGCGCCCGCCGCCGCAGCCUCAGCCCCAGCCGCGCGUCAACGUCACCUUCCCCAUCUUCAAGUGCGAGCCCGACUACUCGGAGUACUACUGCCUCAAUGGGGGCUCGUGCUUCACGGUGGUCAUCUCCGACAGCCCCAUCUACAACUGCGAAUGCCGGAGCGGCUUCGUGGGCCAGCGCUGCGAGUUCAAGGACUUGGACGACUCGUACGUGCUGACGAGUCGGCAGAUGCUGAUGGAGACGGCGUCGAUCGCCGGCGGGGUGACCGUGGCGGUGUUCCUCGCGAUUCUAGUCUGCUUCGGGGCGUGGGUGCGGCUGCACCGGCGCGCGAAGGCGCCGCCGUUGGGCGAGGAGCACGGGCCGCCGCCCGUGCAGCUGGUGGCGGUGGCGGCGCCGCGGGGCCGCGUGCAGCUUUGCGCGGCGCGCUAGGGCCGCUCGGACAUUCGUGUACAUAUAGAUAGUGUAUGUGUUAAGUUAUGUGGAGAGAACGGAGAUAAGAAAAAUUUAUGUGAUAAUUAUUUUACGAAGCUUAUAAUUUAUUUGGAAGGAAUUUCUUGUGUAUAUAGAGAUCCGAGCCGUCGGGUUGGUUGUGUGGAUGUAAAUUUCAGUCUCCCUAUGUGAAUGUACGCUGUACCUUGUUUAUGUUCAGUGUAUUGGUUGUGUCCAUCAUCUGUGCAAAUGUACCUAAUGCUACUCGCUUCAAGUAGAAAAUGUUUUGUUGUGUUGUUGUUGCUCCCUUAUUGUGCAAUAUGGGAGGUGAAGCCUGUCAGGGGGAAUAAUGUAUAUAGUUUGUAAUAACACCUUUGUGUAAGUGUUAAAUUCAUAUUGGAAUUGUAACUCUGUAAGUUGUUCCUUCUGGGAGGUAGUUCUGUGGGUGCGGUUUAUUCCAUUGCAGACGCUGCAUGUUACUGUUUUAUAAUGUAGCAAAUAUUUAGAGGGGAAGUUUAGAAGCAAAGCUUUACAUUGGCAUUACUCUGCAGAAGUGUAGAAAUCUUUUGAUGUGUAAAAUGUAAUAUAUGAAUGAUUGGUGGCUGUGGGAAGGUAACUUGGAGAGUAAUGUCAUGUGAGGGUUUGCAAGACGGGGAAGUGCGCACCAGGCCUAAACACGCUAGUGCCUGCGCUGCUGCAUAGAUACUUGUAAAUCAAUGUUUAUUGUAUUUAUUAGUACUUUUUGUUCUAUGUUGAAUAUAAUUGUGAUGAAUUUGGAAGUUUGUGAGGCAGCGAGUAGCAGAGUUCCUAUGGCGUCGCCGCGGCGCGCUCGCACAUUCCAUCUCGCGAUAGAGUAUUUACUGGUGUCAGUAUUAUUUUGUAAUACAGAUGUUAAGCCGGCAGCUUUACUUUUAAUUUAUACCAGAUAUCCCAGUGGGAUAAGGCUGUAUUAUAUUUGUUUGAAGGCUGAAUGUGGCCGCAACGAGGAAGGCUUCUUGUACAUAUAGCCCGUGUAGGUAUUUAUUAGAUAUUUAUAAACGUUUAUUUAUUGACUGCUUUAUUUAGUUAAAAAACUUGAGUAUCGAUAGCAUCCAAGUUGCCUAAUAACAAGUAACGGUUGCAUCUUAAAACUUGCUAAGCACGGCCUCGCGUAUGUUAUUCCCUGUCGUAAUCUCAUUUCGAAUCUCGUCUUGUAAAAAUCGUAAAACAUUGGAUGGUGUACAAAAUUAUUCCCCGAGCGGUGCAAGCCAUUGAGUAUAAAUAUGUCUGCUAAGAAUUUCUACUAAAAGAUAAUCUAAACUAGCCCUUAUUGCUUUCACUUAUAUAUACAAUAUUGCUUUAGGCUUCUGCUUGUGAAUUUUGUUUACAUGUAGCAAUGAGAGUUUGUAAAUCAACUUGUUCUGUGGCUUGCACUGCAACGGGAGACAAAAAAAAUAGUAAAGUUAAUGUUGUGUGAUGUGUCUGUUCUGUGAGCUGACCUUGUGGGGAGGUUCUGUUAGCAUGCACCUAACUCUGUGCAGUUGUCCCCCAGUGGGCCAGCUGACAGGCAGACCUAGCUAGCUAGCCAGGUGAGAGUGGCCCGUGUUGUCUAUGUUGAGUCGAUUCAUAUAAGACAGUUUGUAUGAACAUUCCAAAGUAUAUGUAAAAUAUUACCUACAUCACUAAUAAUUUUGAAGUAUCUGUUAAGACGCUACUUUGUUAAUUAUACAGUUUUCUAUUGAUCAUUUGUUAAAAGAAAAUUAUAUGAAACUAAAUCCUUAA